CACGCGCCUCCGCUGCGUCUGCAACCUUUUAAAUUCCCAUCCGCAGAUGCGAGACAAAAUGCAACCCGCAGUGGUUAUCUGUUGAUGACAGGUGUGGACCCACACAACACCAAACAUGGCGACAAUAACGGAAUCAUUGGAAAGGUCUUUGCGGAACUGUUCGUUGAACCACGAAAGAAGAACCAGUAACGGUGGCGGAGGCGGCGGUGAGGAUGGAUUAUUAGGGAGGUCGUCGACAUCAGACGAGAGCAACAGCAGCAGCAGCAGAAGCAACAGCAGCCCUCCAAUCAGCGUAUCUGACACUAGCUUGGAGCUCAACUCCCAUCUCUCUCUGCCUUACCAUUGGGAACAAUGCCUUGAUCUAAAGACGGGAGGGAUUUACUACAUAAAUUGGAAGAACGGGAUGAAAGCGAGGGAGGAUCCGAGGACGACAGCUCAGUACAGCGGAGGUUUUUACUCAGAGGAAGAUGACGACGAAGACGAUGAUAGUUAUUUUGACAGUGAAGAGUCGCCGUCGGAGUCAUCUCCUUGUUCCACAAGAGAGAGAGUGCAUUGCAACAGCAACCACCAUGGGGUAGAGAAAGACAAAGAUAAUGUGUUGGUAGUGGGGGGUUGCAAGAGCUGUCUCAUGUAUUUCAUGGUCCCCAAACAGGUUGAAGAUUGCCCCAAAUGUAAUGGUCAACUUCUUCACUUUGAUCGAUCCCAAAAUGCCUCUCCUUGAACCCCAUUUGUCUUCUUCUUUCUCCUCUCUUAAUCAUCUGUUU